AUGCCCAUCUUUCGCCCCCCGCCCUCCUUGGACCUGUAUGCCCUCUAUCACAUGCUCCGGCUAGAGGUGCUGCACCCAAAGCUGCUCUCCUUUGCGCGCGAUGGACCCCUCCCGCUCAUGUGGAACAACCUGACCACCCGGUCUCAGCCGCUACAGCCAGACGAACUCGAGGCUGUUACCGGCCGCACUGCCCUCAUCGUGGGCGCGACAUCUGGUGUGGGCUUGGAGGUGGCCAAGAUCUUCGCUGCACACUGCUCGCGCCUGAUCAUCACAGCGCGAGACCCCGACCGCGGCGAACAGGCCCUCGAGGAAAUCCGCGCCAGCCACUCCGAUGAAAAGGGCAGCGCCGAAGCCCAGAUUGAAAUCUGGCCGCUUGACAUGGAGUCGUUCCGGUCGAUCCGCGAGUUCAGUCAGCGCCUACAGGACGACCUACCCUCGCUCGACAUUGCAGUCCUCAAUGCGGGCGUGUGGAACGUCCAGUUCACCCGGUCCAUCGACGAGAACGAGACACACCUACAGGUAAACUAUCUCGCGUCCUGUGCGCUAUCCAUCGCCGUCCUCGACGUCCUUGGCCGCGGCGACUCGACUUCCCCGGGACGCCUCCUGACCGUUACCUCCGAGGGCCACUCGCUCGAGGAGAUCCCCCCUUGGAAACGCGCCAGCGACGUCCUGCAGAGCUUCAACGACCCCGCCGCUUUAACCUGCUACGAGCGGUACCGACUCUCCAAGCUCCUCAGCAUGCUCUGGACGCACGAACUCGCGACCCUCAUCAACAGCAGCAACCGCGCCGCCGAGGGCUCGCCCCGCCGCGUCGAAAUCGCCUCCUUCACGCCCGGCGCAACCCAGACGCAAAUCUGCCGCGACCUGGGCGCGGGCCGCGUCGUGCGCCUGCUCGUCAGACUCUUUUGCCAGUCGGCUGAAGAAGGCGCCUGGACGUAUAUCCGCGCGCUGGCUUCGGAGGUGUACAGUGGGCUGUAUUUCUUCCGCGGGCGCCCGAGCGAACCUGCGGAUUGUGUCACCUCGAUCAAGCACCGGUACUUUCGCGAGGACCUCGUCAAGGAGACCCUUGCAAUGCUCGAGGGGCAUGUCGUGGUCCCGGAUGGUGUGCGCGAGAUGCUAUCGGGUUGUUGAAUUUGUUUCCGUCAAUCUCCGGUCUUAUUGUAUGGAUAUCGAUAUGGCUUUCGGCUAUCCUGGCCUGGUCGUUGGGCAUUUUCUACGCGUACGCGAAUCACAUAUUUUGCUUGGCUUGCCCGGAUUAUGACGUGGCUGUACUACGGGGAUUGAUAGUCUGUGUAACCAGGGCUGUGAUUUCUUGUCGCCCGCGGAUACCGAACGGGCCCCUCCCGCUGCAGCUCUGUCUCUCCCCAGACCACUUCUUUCUCUCGCCAAAGCCCAGCACAGACUCCAUCCGCU